AGGAUAGGAACUGCUCAAAAGGGAUUGUCCACAUAAAUACAAGCUCAGUGCUGCUUUCAACUCAUUUCAUGAUCUUCACAUGAUCUUUUGCUGUAACUUUUCCCUCUACAAAGAAGGUAUUUCAGGGCACACUUGCACAUGGAUUAAGGAUAGGACAAUGGAUUAUCAACUGAGGUGUUGGCUUUAUCAUCUGUACAUGCUACUAUCCCAUUUGCUGAUCUUGAAUUGCAGCUGUCUCCCCAAACCUUCCUUGUCUCUGGAGUCUCCCCCGAUCACGGCAAACAGUACUUUUGACAAAAGUUUCUUGGGUCUUGAUAAAUGCAAUGCAUGUAUUGGCACAUCUAUCUGCAAGAAGUUCUUUAAAGAAGAAAUCAGGUUUGAAAGCUGGCUUUCCUUUCAUUUAAAACUACCUUCCAACUACCAGACAUAUUAUUUGGGCAGCUACACAGAUGAUGGUAAGAAGUGGAAGCCAAUUAUUAUUUCUAGGCUGCUUUCACAAAAACAAAGUGUGGAGUCGGACAAAAGAAUUUGUGAUUUUGGUUUAAAAAAGGACACCUGUAGUAUUGAAAACAUCUUGAGGGGCACUGACCGUGUUUACAAGUGGAUGAAAGCAGAUCGCCUCACUCCUGAUCUUGUGCGGGGUCUCUCCAGUCCUAUGCUUUGGUGUCCAUCUCAGCGACUUUUGGACAGGAUAGUGCGUCGCUAUGUAGAAGUACUGGAUGCCGGUAGUAUUCUCAUGAAACAUUUUACUGAGAAAGACAAAUUACGCCUUUUAUACACUCUUUCUGUUAACACACACCCUAUUAUACUGCAGGUGUUUCCAGGAAGUGAGGGAUGGCCUUUUCCUAAAUACAUUGGCUCUUGUGGUCGGACGAUAGUAAUUGCAAGUACACAGCCUAUAAAGACAUUCUACAAUUCUACUCCUGAUGUAGUAGCAGAUAUUGCUUACCAAGUACUUCACAUCACUAACUUCCUGAGAAACAAUGACUUCAACUACUCUCUUUUCUACACACAUGUCCACAGUGAUAUGUUUGGUCUAGUUAAGGAUGGGCGUGUGCUUGUUACAGAUGCCAGCACAAUAGGUGUUCUAGACAAGCAGGGAGGUCAAUUGAUGCCUAACGAAUUUCAACCAAACAAAGAUGUCUUCACAUGUUUGACCUCAGAUUGCAAUACUACUUUGCCUACUUGCAGUUCAAUCCAUGAUGUGCAGAGUUUAGAAAUGGUGUGCAAACACAUCCUACCUAAGCUUAUAACAAACAAAUUUCCAGUGAUGAUGCAACAAAAAAUUGAUACACAACUAAAGAUUUGUGGCAACAGCUCAUUUUCUGAUCAUACUAUUUUAAAAUCUGCUUUAACGUUGCUGGAGCUGUUAAAACAGUUACGUUCUUGUGACACUCGUUUCUUCUACCGCUACCCUGAAUGCAAAUACAGUGACAAGUAUUAAUAUCACUUGAUAUUUCCAUGCAUGUGCAUAAAGCUAAUAUCAACUAAAGUACCUGUUAACACAGCUGCAGCUGAAAGUUUAAGCCCUUGAUUUGCAUCAUUGUUUUAAUUACUGUGAAUGGUAACUGGACAGUUUUUCUCCUAAGGACUGUGUCCAUACCUCUCAGCUCCUCAGCUCUUUCACAUUAUAAAAUGUAUCACUUAUUUUAGCUUUCUAAAACAUUCCACUUCAUGUCACUCUUCCGCCAGGAGAAGACAUUAUGCCACACUACCGAACAGGAAUUUGAAGUAUAUAAGCAAUAAUGCCCAAGAGUGUAGGCAUUUAAAGGAAAUAUUGCACUACUGAAGAGUGUUGUGAUACCCAAUGCUGCAAACAGAUGACCUUUUCACCCCGGAAAAGUUUAUUUCCCUAUAAUACUAGUCUUUAUGGGCAUUACUGUGUUUAGAAUAUGAGUUUGUAAGUAUUUUCUUGAACUUAAGUGUCGCAUACUGUAUGUUUAGCUGUCAUUUGCAAAAUUUCUGUGUAGGUCUAGUUUAUGAAAAAAGUUCUUUGCAUUACUUAUUAACAAGAUGUAUUUUAUUGUUUGUUCUGUAUUGUACAUUGUUUAUUAGUAAUAUGAAUUUUACUGUUAUUCUGUAUUGUACAGUUACUUCUCAAUUUAUGUAGGAGUUUUUAUUGAUGUUUAAGUGUUCCUUUAAGUGACACGAUAUGCAAAUAUUUUGCUGUCUUCUGUAUGUCUUGGAAAUUACAUAUAUAUAAAUAUAUAUAUAUAUAUAUAUAUAUAUAUAUAUAUAUAUAUAUAUUUAACUUUAUUCAGCUGAUAAUUUUCUGUGCUAUCUCUAACUUCAUUGUGUAAUUAAUUUUAUAGAUUAACAUAGUCUUCAUACAUUCUAGUCCAGUGGAAUAUUGUCUGUGUGAAUUUGUGUAUGAAUGUUUUUUUAUGUCUGUGGGUCUUGCUGCUGUGACUGUCAGCCAUUGCAAUAACUAAGAUGAAACUUAUUGUGAAUCACAGAGAAGAAAUAAUGAAAAUUGCAAACAAUGUAAACUAAAAAAGUGGUUUAGUGGAGUUGUAAAUUAGAAUAUAUUCUAAUGUGACUUUUUUUCAUGGUGAUACUAUUUUCUUACUGAUUUAUUUAUUCUUUUUUUGAUCCUCAUUUCUGUUUACCAUCACAAUAAAUGCAGACACACACAAUGAAUCUAUAAGCAGA